AUGGCCAUGCAGCCUGGGUUUGACGACUCGUGCCGCCUGUUUGGUCGCCCAAACUGUCACCAAGCCCGCCGACUGUUGACGGCCGCCAUUCUGUUUUUUCUGCAUGCCCGUUUUCCACACGCCUCCCUCCUGGCCCAACUCGGCACGCACGCCGUCCCCACAGGACAAGCUGUUCCCGUCUGGCUCGGAGCCAAAGUCCAGGGGCCCUAGCUUCUCCCGGAGCUUCUGUUCCGGGCGAAUAUGUGCAGCCCCAGCACGGAGGCCGCACACGUGGCAUUCCGGGUGCUGAGACAGCCAGUCAGGGUGUGGCUGCAAUCCACCGGCUUGACGUACAUGUCACCGAGGCACCUAAACUAGGACCGGGCGGGGUGGUGCUGGACAGCUAGCGUAGCUCACGAUAAGACUCGAUGUUGGAUCAGGUUUUGCGUCUCGAUAAAUCCAUGCGUCUGGGUAUCUAACUACCUCCUACUUACAUAUAUCAACAUGCCAAUGACGGCAUCGCGAGUACCUACUUGGCGCCUCUCCCUACAGCCGCCGAUGUCCUCGACAGCUGCGCGCUGCGGGCUUGAUCCCAAGCCCGUCCGCCAGAGUGCUUCGCUCGUGUCUCCCGCUCGUGCUUCCUCCCUUCCUUCAGGUCUCGCGAUUUCUCACGGGGGUCGAUGACAACCAGCUCCUCCUCAGCUUUCUUCCGAUAGCUCAGGUCCUUGCCUAGUUUGUCGGCAGCGAAGCUCAGUGCAUGAGACAUCCAACCCGCAUCACCGUCGUCCUCGUCAUCCUGCUUGCCGCCCUCCACUUUGUCCCAGGCCUUGCAGCUUUGGCAGUUGAGGAUGAAGUGCAGGUCGCAGACUUCUCCCUCUUCGUCUGCUGAGGGCUUCUUGUCCUGUGGUUCCCCACCGCCGUUAGCGCCAGCACCACUGGGCUCGUGCUUUUGCGAGCCUUUUGCUGCCGGGGUCUCAACAAGUUUCGACUGGAAGGCUUUGAGUAGGUCCAAUGUCUUCUGCUCCUCUGUAGCG